GAGGAGUUUUCGUAGGACCUACAGAAAAACAGGCAGCUUGUCGUUCAGUCUGCCUUGUGUCCCGUACAAAACGGGGGGCCUGGAGUGGACUGGAAACCACCCUGGGGACCCAGGGACACGCAGGGACGGGGCACGGCGGCUUUCCCACCGGGAGGAGGAGGAGGAGUGGCGUGGACACGGCCCGGAGCCCCCACCCCAGGAACUUUCCCCACGGGCCCAAGCCCCCAAAUCCGGGCAUUUUCUGCGGCGUUUUGCUCGGGGUGAGGCCGCGGCGAGGCAGCUGGAGACACAUCCAUCACCCACCUAGGAAUUAAUGGUUGCCGGGGCACGGGCGGUAACGAUCUAAUUACUUUUAUAACGAGCAAGCAGAGGCUGGCCUCGGCCGGUAACGUGCUGCCUGACAUUUCAGACGGGCUUUCCCAGACCUGAAAGCAAUUAGGCCCAAAAGGAAGGGAAAACGUAAGCAAGGGGAUGUGAACUGCACAAGGGAGCUGUUUGAAGGGAAUUGUCAGACACCAAAGCCCCUCCACGGCCGGGGCUCGCCCAGAAAGCCAAUGUCACCCGGCACAUCAGCGGGGAGGAGGAGAAGGAAUCAAGCCCCUGCUCGUCUGUGGAUGUCGGCCAACGGAGCUCUGCGGAGCGAAGGCUCCGUGCUCGCUGCCACAGCUCCGGGCUCGGGGCUGCCCAUCGCACCGGCACUCGUGCCCCAGAAGCGUUGCCUUCGGGGUCUUUUGGCAUUGAUGUAAAGGGGGGUGCAGGGACAGAUCCAGCUGUGGGGCUCCAGAGAGGCUCAUCAAUGCCACCGAGGCGGUUGGGCCUUUUUCUGAGCGUUUUUGUUUUAUAAUUUUUGCUGCUCGUGGCCAGGACGAGCGUCAGGACAACACUGACAUCAAGUGGCUGUUGGGAUCCCUCACACGCGGGGCCGGAUCCUGCUCCCCAGGAGCUGCAUCGUCCACGCAGCCCCCGUCCUCCCCUGCCGAUGCACCCCACGACCUCAGCCUGCUGUUUUGUCCCUUUCUGCCCCAUUUUGCCCUGUGCUGAGAUGCAAGAAGCCGGCUGACUGCCGCGUCGGGUGGGAAAACACGGCCUGGACCCCAAAACCCUCCUGAGCGGGGCCCAACCGCAGAUGCUGCAGGAAGGGGGGUGCUGCCGGACACCAGUGGGGCCUCCACCACCCCCUCCCCAGCCCGCAGGGUGCGGCUGGCGGUCCUGGCCUCUCCUCCACUGUCCUCCCCCGUGUGUCCUCCAUGUCCUCAGCGUGCCCUGCCGCAUCCCGGCGGGGUCAAUAUCCCAGCAGGGCCCGGCCGAGCCGUGCGCUGCUCACGUCACCGAGCCGGCAGCAGCCGCGCGGCCCUGGCCCACGGGGCUGGGGGCCAGCAGGGACCCCCCCCUCCGGCCGCAGCACCCACCCCUGUGGGUUCCGCUGCACCCAGCUCCUGCAGCCACUGGCGAGGUCGCGGGGAAGUAGCGAGGCCAGGCCCCCGUCCCUGGGCUGUGUUCCACGCCGGAGCGUGGCCGCGGUGUCCCCUGCCACCACCACCCGCUGGUGCUGGGGACGUCGUCCCCGCGCCUCCCGCUGGCCUUCAGCUCCCUGCCCCUGGACUUUGGGCUGAGCACGGGAGUGGCAGUGCUGGUGGUGUGGCUGCCGGUGUUGGCGGAGCCCCAAAUCGCCUUUGCGGUGAGACCAGCGCCGUGACCCCGCAGGGGCACCGCAGCUUGCUUGUGACUCUAGUGGCUCCCUAGUGUCUGAGCAGGACAGACUGGGGACCUGUGCUGGUGGCCUGGGCCAGGACGGGACUGGACGGAGGCAGGUGAGUGCCGAGACUCUUGGGGCUGCAUCCAGCAUCCAUCCUGACCACACCAGCACCUGCCAAGGAGUCAACAACAGCACCAUGUCUCAGGCAGAAGCAGGUGAGGAGGCUUUUGAGUACUGCGAUGUUGUCAUCAACACCCAGGAGAAGGUUUCGGACGUGUACACGCAGCUGGAGAAGCUCGGAGAGGGCAAGUUUGGCACCGUGUACCGGCUGCAGGAGAAAGCCAGUGGCAAGAUCCGGGCUGGGAAGUAUUUUCGGACACGGACGGCCAAAGAGAAGCAGGCAGCUCAGGCCGAGGUGGAGCUCAUGAACCUGCUGCAUCACCCAUGCCUCGUGCAGUGCCUCGCUGCCUUCCAGGGCCCCGCCGAGCUGGUGAUGGUGAUGGAGUAUGUGGCCGGCGGGGAGCUCUUUGAGCGCAUUGUGGAUGAUGACUUUGAGCACACGGAGCCCAGCAGCACCCAGUACAUGCGGCAGAUCCUGGAGGGGCUGCAGUACAUGCACAGCCAGGCUGUCGUCCACCUCGACCUCAAGCCCGAGAACAUCGUCUGCGUCAGCCCCAGCAGCCACUGGCUCAAGAUCGCUGACUUCGGCCUGGCGCGGAAGCUCGCUCCAGACACCCCCGUGAAGGUGCUGCACGGGACCCCUGAGUUCAUGGCUCCAGAAGUGGUCUCCUUUGAGCCCGUUGGGUUUGCCACGGACAUGUGGAGUGUCGGUGUCAUCUGUUACAUCCUGCUGAGCGGGGAGUCUCCCUUCCAGGGGGACACUGACAUGGAGACGCUGAGCAACAUCACCGCUGCCCAGUGGGAGUUUGAGGAGGAGACCUUCUCAGAUAUCUCCCCGCAGGCCAAGGACUUCAUCAGCCAACUGCUGCAGAAGGACCCUGGCCACCGACUCUCCAGCCCUGAGGCUCUGCUGCACCCCUGGCUGCAGCAGCCCCUGCCCAGCAGCACGAAGGCGCUGCCAAAGGAGCGGAUAAAGCAGUUCCUGGCCCGUCAGAAGUGGCAGAAAACAGGCAAAGCCCUGCUGGCGCUCAAUAGGCUCGCCCUGCUGUCCCAGAGCACGGAGAGGAGAGCAUCAGAGGCUCAGGAUGAGGAAGACCCAUGCUGCAGCCCAGAGGAGGACCAAGCCCCUGAGUCUCUGCCCCGGCAGGGUCCCAGAUUCUCUGAGCCACCGAUGGACAAAGGGGAGGUGGAAGCUGGGAGCAUCACGGCUGCAGGACAGGCAGAGAGCAGUGCCAGCACCCCCCAGCACCCGGCCAUCUAGAACUGGUGACUCUUCUCCACUGUCACAGCAGCUUGCACCAUGGCCUGGUCAGCCUGUGGUCGGCCUAGACCCGUGGUGCCCCUGUGCUGGUGUGGGGACAGGGCUGCCUGCUGUCCCCAGUGAGGGACCAGUGCCCUCAUGGCUACCUGGGUUAGAGCUAAGCCUGGCUCUUCUCACUGCAUGUCUUGUGAGCCCAAUAAAGCACUGAGGAUCUCUGCA